GUAGUUCAAGAAAGUUAAGAAUUUACUACUACUCAUUUCAUUCAUUUUACUUCCACCGUUUAUAAUAUUUUAAAUCUCAAUUCAACAAUUUCAAUCUUGAAUCACUCUCACUCUAUAGUGGUGAUUAAGCUAAUCAGAGCAUCAAAUUAUUAUUAAUUAGGGUUUUGGAAAACCAAUUCCGAAGAAAUUCGAGACCCUAGAUUGCAGAAAUUUCGAACCACCUUGCUGAUUGCUGUUUCCGUCGAUGUCGAUCAUCAGCGACGCGCUUCGGCAAGCGUUUAUGCCGAAGCGCGAGUACGAGAGUCUCCGGGAAGAAGAAAAAGCAUGGGGCAAGCUUCAGAGACCGGUGACGGUUUCUUUCAUGGCCGUAAUCUGGCUUGCAGUCGUUGUGUCUACGGUUAUCAGUUUGAAGAUAGUGUUUCCCGGUGAAGAUGGGAAAAGACCGCUCUGUGUUGAUCGAAGGGUUCAACCGAUUCAAAUUGAAAUGAAAGGUGAUUCUGAUUCGGAUCUGUAUCCUGGUGCUUUUUAUCUUACGGAUCAAGAAAUUGCUGAUUACUAUUGGAUGGUUGUGUUCAUUCCGUCGUUCGUUGUUUUCGUGAUCUCCGGUGUGUAUCUCGUUGCUGGUAUCACUGUAGCUUAUUCUGCUCCCACAAGGCAUGGAUGCUUGAAGGUGGUUGACAAUAAUUAUUGUGCCUCAAGACGGGGUGGCGUUCGCUGUCUAUCCAUCUUGAAUCUUAUCUUCGCCAUCAUCUUUGGUCUUCUUGCCUUGUUUCUUGGUUCAAGUCUCUUGACUUUCAUGAGCAACUGCUCCACACCUUUGUUUUGGUGCUAUGAAGUUGCAUCGUGGGGGCUAGCUGUUCUAUACGGUGGCACCGCCUUCUUCCUAAGGAGAAAGGCAGCUGUGAUUCUAGAUGAGGGGAACUUUAGUGGUCGAAAUCUUGGGCUUGAAAUGUUGGAAGCGAAUCCCUUAGAAGUUACACCAGAGGUGGAAAGGCGUGUUUCGGAAGGGUUUAAAGCAUGGAUGGGUUCAUCCCUUCUUUCUUCUGACGAAGAAGAUGAACCUGACAGUUAUGAGGAGGCAUCUCAUUUAACACGGACUAACUCAAACAUUCAAAGACUCUGAACUCUAUAAAUUCAGUUCUGAGAGCUUAGCACCAUCCUUACAAGCCCUUCAUCAUGCCUUGGCGAAUGCUAUGAUGGCUAAUAUUCAGUUUUGGACAAAAAUGUUUUAACAUGUGUAUCAUAUGACAACAGCAAUUACUAGUGUUUUUGAACUAGGAUUUCACCUCCUACAUUAGGGAUCUAGGUAAUUUAGUUUGUUAGUAAUAAUUAGUAUCAAAAUGUGAAUGACCAAGCUUUGACUUCCUAAGAGCACCAUUAUCUGUGAUUUCCACCGUUUCUUA